CAUCAGUCGCACUCCAUCUUCUCACAAGCCCACUCCUCCUCCUCCUCCUCCUCCUCCUCCUCACCUAGCUAGCUUCGUCCCCUCACUCUUUUUGAAGUACUCAAACUGAUCAGGAAUAUUAUCAUCAGGUGAGAGGGAAUAUAUUAAGAGUAAAAAAGAAUAUACAGUACUAGUAAGAAAUAAAAUGGAAGGUAAAGAAGAGGACGUGCGGGUGGGGGCGAACAAGUUUCCGGAGCGGCAGCCGAUCGGGACGGCGGCGCAGAGCCAGGAGGAGGGGAAGGACUACAAGGAGCCGCCGCCGGCGCCGCUGUUCGAGCCCGGGGAGCUGGCGUCCUGGUCCUUCUACCGCGCCGGCAUCGCCGAGUUCAUGGCCACCUUCCUCUUCCUCUACAUCACCAUCCUCACCGUCAUGGGCGUCAACAACUCCCCCUCCAAGUGCUCCACCGUCGGCAUCCAGGGCAUCGCCUGGGCCUUCGGCGGCAUGAUCUUCGCCCUCGUCUACUGCACCGCCGGCAUCUCCGGUGGGCACAUCAACCCAGCGGUGACGUUUGGGCUGCUGCUGGCGAGGAAGCUGUCGUUGACGAGGGCUCUGUUCUACAUGGUGAUGCAGUGCCUUGGGGCGAUAUGCGGGGCUGGGGUUGUGAAGGGGUUCCGGAAGGGGCUCUACGAGGGCAGUGGGGGCGGGGCCAAUGUUGUCGCCCCUGGAUACACCAAAGGAGACGGCCUCGGUGCUGAGAUCGUCGGCACCUUCAUCCUCGUCUACACCGUUUUCUCUGCCACUGAUGCCAAAAGGAAUGCUAGGGACUCCCAUGUCCCCAUCCUUGCUCCCUUGCCUAUUGGGUUUGCUGUGUUCCUGGUUCACUUGGCCACCAUCCCCAUCACUGGCACAGGCAUCAACCCUGCUAGAAGCCUUGGAGCUGCAAUUAUCUACAAUAGGCCUCAUGCUUGGCAUGACCAUUGGAUUUUCUGGGUGGGACCAUUCAUUGGAGCUGCACUUGCUGCAAUUUACCAUGUUGUUGUGAUCAGGGCCAUUCCAUUCAAAAGCAGGGCUUAAAACUUUAGUCCACCCCACUCAUGCCACCUUUGUUUUAAACUUUAUGUUUGUGGCUUGUUCCUAAUUGUAUCCUCGUUAUCUUAUCUUAUCUUAUCUUAUCAUCCAUCAUGAGUUUGAGCUUUUACUUUAUCCUCUCUCUCCUUCUCCUCAGCAACUUGAGUUUAUGUCCUCAUGUAUUUCAUCAUCAUCAUCAUCAUCUAUGUGGCUGGUUUUCAAUCAAGUGUGUACAUUAUUAUUAUUAUGUAAUGCUGUUACCAGAAGUGCUUUUUUAAAUUAGCAGCUUCUAGUGUA